AUGUCGGCUCUUUCAUCUCGGACUGGACGAGAUCGUCAACGUUACGACAGCAACUUCCGUCUCGUUUCUGGAUGCAUUCCGUAUAGGCUGAUUAAAGAGGAGGACACUGAACAAGAAGAUUCAAGUGUUGACUUUGUAAACAAACUUCAAGUUCUUAUGGUUUCAUCUCCUAAUCGCCAUGAUCUUGUCUUCCCUAAGGGAGGAUGGGAAGAUGAUGAGACAGUUCUUGAAGCUGCUUCUCGUGAAGCCAUGGAAGAAGCAGGAGUUAAAGGAAUACUUAGAGAAGUGCCUUUAGGAGUUUGGGAAUUUAGAAGCAAAAGUAGCUGUGUGGAGGAUGAAUGUUUUGGUGGAUGCAAAGGAUAUAUGUUUGCAUUAGAGGUAACCGAAGAACUCGAGGCUUGGCCAGAACGAGAGAACCGCGAGAGGAAAUGGUUGAAUGUUAAAGAAGCAUUGGAGUUGUGUCGGUACGAGUGGAUGAAAAGAGCACUUGAAGAGUUUUUGAGAGUAAUGGAAGAAGAAACAAGAUUGAGAACAGAGGAAGAGACAGUGCAUGAUUCUUCAAAGCUUGAAGAGUGUCAAAUAGAUCCAUGGUACUGUUUUGUAGUUAAUUAG